AUGGCCACAACCGUCCUGGGUGAGGCCGGCGCCGCACUUAAUCCACUCCAGGGAUUUUAUCCGUGUGAAGUAGUUCUGGCCAGAUCAUCGAGAAACCCAGAUAGGCUUUUUGUAUAUAUAGGAGAUGCAUUGAAAGCCAGCGUGAGAGAAGGGUUUUCAGGGAUUUUCGUAGAUUUGUUUUGUAAAGGGAGCUUGAUUCCUGAGCUUCAAGAGCUAGCGACGUGGGAGAAGUUGAAGAGGAGUUUGAGGGAAGGUGGGAGAAUUAUGGUGAAUUGCGGGGGGAGUUGUGUUGAGGCUGAGGAUCCAAGCAGAGAUGGGAAUUUGGUGAAGGAGGAGACUCUGAGGGUGAUGAGCCAGGUGUUUCCAGCUGAAUUGUUCGUUUUGAAUCUUGGGCAUCGGAAGGAGGAUGGCUGCAUUGCAUUGACGGGUUGCCCGCCGGAUCUCGAUGCAUGGAAACAAGCAUUGCCUAAGUCGCUUAGAUGUUAUGUGGAUAUGUGGGUCCCUUUCCAUGGGUAGAAUUAUUGAUUUGGAUUCUCAUUUCUUUCUCCUUUUGUCGAUGUUAUUGGAUAUUGGAUUAAUGAAGUCUGAUUGUCUUUGUGCAUUCUGGGUUUUCUUCGAUUGAAUGAUCUAUGGAAAAGGAGGAAUCUAGCAAUGAGUAUGUUGGAACUGAA